AUGAAGGCAUCUCUGCGGUGGACUAAAAGGCCAUCUGGUCAACUGGGCUGGUUAACUCGACCACUCUACAAUGUAAGACCCAACAGUACUUGUUCAGCUACUGCUACAACGUUUCCCUUGGAAGAUUCUUCGAGAGUACUAAGACACCUCGAGUUCACGAAAAGACUACCGUUCGAAAAGGGCAUCAGGAUCCAAGAGAGUUUUGUCCGGGCUCAGCUCGACAUGAAGCAUCUACAAUCCAAAAUCGACCGAAAAUUGGCUCAAUUGCAGACAGAGCAUCCAGGAACGACACUCAAUCAGCAUGAACAAUGGAUUUUGAAAAAUAUCUCAGAAAUGAAACCUCAUCCCAUGGUUUUGACGUUCGAAUUCGAGCCUACGUACACGGGUGGGAAACGCAGCAAAAAAGCUGUCUCUCCGGAAGACAUCGCCAGGUUUGAAAACUUCGUGCCACAGCAGCGUGGAGACCAGCAACGUCCGAAAUUUGUUCAAGUAGAAAGAGGCGGACAAGUGACUUUCCAUGGUCCCGGACAAGUGGUGGCGUAUUUGAUUUUGGAUCUCAAAUCGUUCAACAACUUCCCAGCCAAAUGCCUGGUGUCAGCUAUAGAAGAUUCCACAAUUAGUGCAUUGAACAAAAUUCCAGACGGCGCCAGAAACACUAACCUUGGCAUUGCGGCGACAAAGACUGCGGAAACGGGUGUCUGGAUCAACGAACAGCAAAAAAUCGCAAGUAUAGGAAUUCAUGUGAGAAGAUCCAUUACGUCGCAUGGAGUCUGUAUUAAUGUGGAACCUGAUCUAUCAUAUAUGAACAAUUUUGUGAUGUGCGGGCUCCAGGACUCAAGGGCAACCUCGAUACGCGAGCAGCGGCCCGAAAGCAAGUGCACCACUCAUGAUGUAGCAGUAAGGUUUGUCAAUGAACUUUCCAAGAAAUUGGGAAUCGCAACUGUGGAGCGUAUUCAAUUAGAUGAUAUAAAACUGGACUAA